AUAAAUUGGCAUCGAUUUAUACCUCAUUCACUCGCCCGCUAAAAAAAGAAAGCAAAAAUGGAGCAUUACUACCUCACCCUUCUUCUCCUCUUCAUGUCCUUUAUCACACUGUCUCUCUUUUUCCUUUUCUACAAGCACAUCUCCCAAUACAAGUACCCUAACCUUCCUCCAGGGAAACCAGGCCUUCCCUAUGUGGGAGAGAGUCUGGAUUUCUUGUCCACAGGUUGGAAAGGUCACCCUGAAAAGUUUGUCUUUGAUCGGAAAACUAAAUACUCCUCUGAUGUUUUCAAAACUAAUCUCCUUGGCCACCCUGCAGCUGUGCUUUGCGGGGCUGCAGGUAACAAGUUCAUGUUCUCCAAUGAGAACAAGCUUGUUGUAGCCUGGUGGCCUGAUUCUGUGAACAAAAUAUUUCCUUCUUCUCUACAGACUUCUUCCAAGGAAGAAGCCAAGAAAAUGAGAAAGCUUCUUCCUCAGUUCUUGAAACCUGAGGCUUUGCAGCGAUAUAUAGGUAUCAUGGAUUCAAUCGCGCAGAGGCACUUUGCCUCGGGGUGGGAGAAUAAAGAUGAAGUGGUUGUGUUCCCUCUGGCAAAGAAUUACACCUUCUGGUUAGCCUGUCGUCUCUUUGUAAGCGUGGAAGAUCCUGCCCACAUAGCAAAAUUUUCAGACCCUUUUCAGGUCUUGGCCUCAGGAAUCAUUUCCAUUCCCAUUGAUUUGCCUGGAACACCCUUUCGAAGAGCUAUCAAGGCCUCACAGCUUAUAAGGAGGGAGCUUCUGGGCAUCAUCAAGCAAAGAAAGAUUGAUCUUGCAGUAGGAAGGGCAUCGAAUACACAAGAUAUUUUGUCUCAUAUGUUGAAUACAAGUGAUGAGAAUGGAGAGUUCAUGAAUGAAAGGGAUAUUGCAGACAAGAUUCUUGGAUUGUUGAUUGGUGGACAUGAUACUGCUAGUGCUGCUUGCACUUUCAUUGUCAAGUAUCUCUCUGAACUCCCGCACAUUUUCCAGGAAGUUUACAAGGAGCAAAUGGAGAUUGCUAAAACAAAAGAGGAAGGAGAGUUGCUGAACUGGGAUGACAUUCAAAAAAUGAAAUAUUCAUGGAACGUGGCUUGUGAAGUAAUGAGACUUGCUCCUCCUCUUCAAGGUGCUUUCAGGGAAGCCAUCACUGAUUUCAUCUUCAAUGGUUUUUAUAUUCCAAGAGGCUGGAAGCUGUAUUGGAGUGCAAACUCAACCCAUAAGAAUCCAGAGUACUUCUCAGAACCUGAAAAAUUUGAUCCCAGCAGAUUUGAAGGGAAAGGACCAGCUCCUUACACCUUCGUGCCAUUUGGUGGAGGACCAAGAAUGUGCCCUGGAAAAGAGUAUGCUCGAUUGGAAAUACUUGUUUUUAUGCACAACUUGGUGAAAAGAUUCAGAUUUGAAAAGGUAAUUCCAGAUGAGAAGAUUAUUGUUGAUCCUAUGCCAAUGCCAGCAAAGGGACUUCCAGUUCGCCUUUAUCCUCACAAGGCUUCAUAAACUUCAUAUAUAAUUUCUUCAUCCAUAGUUACCAGAAUAAGCUAGGCAAAGCUCUUUCCUUUAUUAUUAUUAUUAUUUUAAUUUUCUUAUUUGUUUCACUUGUUUUACAUUCACAUAUAUGCCAUAUGUAUUAUUACCUAUUCAACCCUCAUGUGACAACAAUCUUUUAUAUACAAUAAUUCCGAGAUGUCAAAGAUCCAAAGUUUCAAUAUAAUUUUUAUGUAAUUAAUGUAUUUUAAGCUUCUCUUUGAACUUUU